AUGAAAGUCGUGGGAAAUUCCGCCCCCAAUGUAGGAUUCGGACAAAAUGUGCAUGAAAGGCAUGAUAGGCAUGAUAGGCACGAUAGGCAUGAAAGGCACGAUAGGCAUGAAAGGCACGAUAGGCAUGAUAGGCAUGAUAGGCAUGAAAGGCAUGGAAAGCCCAGGAAAUAUCUAAAUGAUAAUGAAAUCGAAUCAGAAAAGAAACGAUUAGGAAAAGGCUGUAAAGUAAAAUGCAAAACAAUUAAACUGAUUGAAAGAAUUAGAAAUUUUAUUCUAAAAUAUUUUAAAAUGUUAGAAGAACCUAUCGAAAAAAUAGUUUAUUAUCAUUUUAGUUAUAUAAAUGGUAUUAAGAAUGAUCCAAUGAUUAGCAGAAAACAGAUGCCAAAAAUGUUAUUUAAAAAGUACUGUGUACUUUUGCUUACACCGAUCAUUGUGAAAACCUGUGCAAUAAUUAUAUUUAUAAUACGCUCAUCAAAUCUUGUGAAUACAUAUGCUUCGCUAGAACCAAUCAUGGCGACAGUCAAUCUCAUAAUUGUACAAAUUAUAGGUACUACUUACUGCCCUUACAACGCUCCUUUAUAUAUUAGUAAAAAAAGUACAAUACGAUGCGAAGCAACAAAAUAA